AUGGCGGACCGCGGCCCGGCGGAGCGCAGCCCGGGAGCGGGCGGCGGCGGCGGCACGGCACUGGCGCUGCGGGAGCGGCUGAGCUUCGCGGCCGGGCACUUCCUGAACGACCUGUGCGCCUCGCUGUGGUUCACAUACCUGCUGCUCUACCUGCACGUCGUGCUGGGCUACGGCCACCGCCUGGCCGGGGCCCUGCUGCUGGCCGGCCAGGUGGCCGACGGGCUCUGCACGCCCCUCCUCGGCUACGGGGCCGAUCGCUCCACCGGCUGCGGCCGCUACGGGCGGAGGAAGGCCUGGCACCUCGCCGGCACCACCUGUGUCCUCGUGUCCUUCCCCUUCAUCUUCAACCCUUGUCUGGGUUGCAGGGAAAACACACCAGAGUGGGCAGCCUUCAUCUACUACCUCCCCUUCAUCAUCAUCUUCCAGUUUGGCUGGGCAGCCACACAGGUCUCCCACCUGUCUCUCAUCCCAGAGCUGGUGGCCAGUGAUCAUGAGAAGGUGGAGCUCACAGCUUUCAGGUAUGCCUUUACUGUCAUGGCCAACAUCACUGUGUAUGGCCUGGCCUGGCUGCUGCUGAACUUCCAGAUGCAGCAGCCUGACCAUACAGAGCACCUUGGCAUCCAGGAUAUCCCUGUGUUCCGGAACCUGUCCCUCAUUGUGGUGGGGGUAGGGGCUGUGUUCUCUUUCAUCUUCCACCUGGGCACCAAAGAGAAGCCUUACUCGCCAGGCUCACUGCCCCAGCCAGAGGAGAGCUCACCCCUGCUGCAGAAUGACUCCACAGGUCCCCUGUGCCCGCUGCUCAUCUGGAAAGACUGGCUGCUGGAGCCUGCCUUCUACCAGGUCGCAGUGCUGUACAUGUCCACCCGGCUCAUUGUCAACCUGUCCCAGACCUAUAUCACCAUGUACCUGACCAACUCCCUGCUGCUGCCCAAGAAAUAUAUUGCCAGCAUCCCCCUUGUGAUGUACAUCAGCGGCUUCCUCUCCUCCUUCCUCAUGAAGCCUGUGAAUAAGUGGAUAGGUCGAAAUCUGACUUACUUCAUGGGCAUCCUGGUGAUCCUGGCCUUUUCCUCCUGGGUGACCCUGGCCAGGAAGAUGGGAUUGGAGAUCUACGGGGUGGCCACUCUGCUUGGGGCUGGUUCUGCCACUAUUCUGGUCACCUCCCUCUCCAUGACAGCAGACCUCAUUGGCACCAACACGCACAGCGGUGCCUUCGUCUAUGGUGCCAUGAGCUUCACGGACAAGAUGGCCAACGGCCUAGCUGUGAUGGCCAUCCAGAACCUGCACCCGUGCCCGACUGAGCUCUGCUGCCCUGCCUGCGUCAGCUUCUACCACUGGGUGAUGGUGUUGGUCACUGGAGGCAUUGCCGUCGCUGCUGUUGUCUCUCUGUGCUGCAUCAUGGUCUGGCCCAUCCAAAUCCGCUACCAUGCAGUCUGCCUGCGGGGGCUGAGUGGAGAGGGGACCACCUACGGUGGGACAGAGAGCAUGGAGGGAAGGAGCCCAAGCAGCACCCUCAACUGA